UUGGAGAUGUGACUAGAUUACCUUGGUUGUAGGAGCUGGGGGUGUUAAGCUUGCAGGAGAAAGGGCUCUGGGGCCGCCUCAUUGUGUCCUUCCUGAACUUGAAAAGAGCUUAAAAGCAGGAGGGAGAGCAAUUUUUCAUGGUCUGCUGGUGACAGGACAAGGGGGAAUGACUUUAAACUAAAAGAGGGGAGAUUUAGGUUAGAUGUUAAGAAGAAAUCCUUUACUCAGAGGGCAAUGUGGUGCUGGUGCUGCUGCCCAGAGAAGCUGUGGGCACCCUAUCCCUGGAAGUAUUCAGGACCGGAUUGGGUUGGGCCCUGGGCAGCCUGAGCCAGUGGGGGGCAACCUUAACCAAGGCAGUAAGUAUUGCAAGCUCUGACUUUUGUGGAAGCUGCCUGACUGGGGAUGCUUUUGAAAAUAUUGCCAAGGUCUCAGGGGAGGGAAGUUAAGAUACCAAAUUAUCAUUAUGCUUUUAUCUUUCAAAAUGGAACGAUUAAAUACUAGAGAAGUAGAUUCAUUGCUGAACAGAUCGUUUUCCCUUUCAAAUGCCUUCCACCCUAUUCCUGCUUAAUCCUCUUCUGACAGGGAAAAUGCCUCAUUAAUAUAAGUGCCCUGUGAGUUGAGAGUGAGUGUAGUUCUAUGCCAUGAAAAUGUUUGCUGGUAGUAUUGUGGCACAUGAUCUAAUCAUCAGUGAUGACUAAUUGUCAUGAUUGUGUAAGCUUCAUACCAAAUUUUGCUCACAUAUAAGUUGAAAUGGAUGAAAAGUAGAGGAUGUCUGUUUUAAAAAGCUGAGGUUGGAUGGGGAAAGCUCUGUGUUUCAUGGGUUGGAGAAGAGAGUAGCUCUUCAGGUAUAUGAUCUUCAUAUGGACGGCUUUGUUCCUCAGUGCUGCCUGGGGUAGCAUAUCCUUCCUGCUGCUCACACACGUGGACUGAGCUGCCUGUAAACUGCAUACAACUGAAAAGUUUUUGUAUCACUUUAAUUCAUAGUAAGGAUAAAAUUAUUUGAAGGGGAACCAAUGGUAAAGGCCUUUAAUUGUUUGGAUUGAUGCUGCAUGUAAACUCUUUGCAAUAACCCCUUGCCCAGCUCAUAUCUACAGAAGAUUUUGUAAUCUCCCUCUAAUGUGCUGCUACCUCAUAAUUGAAGACACAAAAUCUGUGUCACCUUUGGAUUGACGUUUGUGUUCAUGCUGUGGUUGUGUUCUCUGCGAUGGCUGGGAGUAAUUCCAGACCAGGCUGAAGGCCAACUAACCAGAGUCAACUUUCUCCUGAGGUUUCUCAACGUUGCACAAGAGAUUUGAAGUAAAAAAAUUUGGAGGCAUGUGACCGUUAAUCUCUUUAGCAGUAAGAGUAAAGUCUAAGCAUCCUGUUGGAAAUGUACUCUGUUCUGUGUUGCUCUUUGUUUCAAUUAACAAGCUUUUCUCCUGCAUAGAUUGGGGGCAUAAACUUCUUUGUGCUCUGUCCAAUUAGAUCAUGCUUGGAAGCUGUCAGCGCUGAUGGUGAGGCAGCCCUCCCCUGCCUUUUUUUCCUGUUGUUCAGUCUGUUGGAUAAUGAAAGAAUUUGCCUGACGGGGUUUGGUAGCGUUUUGUCCUCUAGAUGAAUUACUGCAAGGUAUAGACGACAGUCUUGUGCGUCCAAAAUGCAUUGGAAUGAUUCAACCAACUCAUCAGAAAGUGAUGCUGAAGCUCAUUCUGCCUUUACACAGACUGAGCACAACAUAGUCGCAGCUUACUUAAUAACAGCAGGAGUGAUAAGCAUUUUCAGUAACAUUGUUGUGUUAGGCAUCUUCGUGAAGUACAAAGAGCUUCGGACUGCAACCAAUGCAAUUAUUAUCAACCUGGCUUUCACUGACAUUGGUGUUAGUGGCAUUGGCUACCCUAUGUCUGCUGCUUCAGACUUGCAUGGAAGCUGGAAGUUUGGAUACACAGGAUGUCAGAUCUAUGCUGCCUUAAAUAUAUUUUUUGGGAUGGCGAGUAUUGGUUUGCUCACUGUUGUUGCAGUUGACCGUUACCUGACAAUCUGCAGGCCUGACAUAGGAAGAAGAAUGACUACACGUAACUAUGCUGCUCUAAUCCUGGCUGCAUGGAUCAACGCAGUCUUUUGGGCAUCCAUGCCUACUGUAGGCUGGGCUAGCUAUGCUCCAGAUCCAACUGGAGCAACUUGCACAGUCAAUUGGAGGAAAAAUGAUGUGUCCUUUGUUUCCUACACAAUGAGUGUAAUUGCUGUUAAUUUUGUUGUACCCUUAACAGUCAUGUUUUACUGUUAUUACAAUGUUUCCCGGACAAUGAAACAAUACACCAGCAGUAACUGCUUAGAGAGCAUCAACAUGGAUUGGUCUGACCAAGUAGAUGUAACAAAGAUGUCUGUUGUGAUGAUUGUAGUGUUCCUGGUGGCAUGGUCUCCCUAUUCCAUUGUGUGUUUAUGGUCUUCCUUUGGAGACCCGAAGAAAAUUUCUCCUGCGAUGGCCAUCAUAGCUCCUUUAUUUGCAAAAUCCUCCACGUUCUAUAACCCCUGCAUUUACGUCAUUGCAAACAAAAAGUUUCGGAGAGCAAUCCUGGCAAUGGUGCGAUGUCAAACAAGACAAGAAAUAACUAUAAGCAAUGCUUUGCCCAUGAGUGUUUCUCAGAGUGCACUGACGUCAUAAAGCUCAUUUGAUUUUUUUUUAUUUUUUUUUUUUCUUCAUAGAUUUUUGUGGGAAGGAGUUAAAUCUGGCUUACACUUUACUUUUUGGAAUAACAAUCUGCCUCUUCCAGUCAACUGCUUUCUGUCAAUCACUGCAGUAUCUUUUAGGUUAAAAA